UCGGCCAAGUUCGCAGCAUUCGACUGCGCUCGUUGCAUUCAACAGCUGGCCAGUGGGUGAUCAACUACUGGCGGACGAUUUUUCGCGGUACGCGUUGGUGAUCGUAACACACGGAUCGCAACGUGAGGGGUCCUGUCGAUCCAACGUGAUUUUCGACCGCCCGAUCUCGUUAACUUCCUCUCCUCAAAGUGGAUCUCGAGAUAUUCCGAGGAGACACUCCGUUUCGCUUCCCACGGGCCAUCGAGAAAACACUCGGCGCCGACGAAUCCAGAGACAGUGCUCGUUGUAAAUAGUGUCCGUUCCUUUGUUCGUUAGUAUCACACAGUGGCAAUCAACGAUCCAGGAAGCGCACGUUAUCGCCCGGACGCCGCUGCUCCUCUAAAUAAGUAGUUUCAGUGUCGCAUCGAUACACCAUGCACAAUAAUAGUUACGACGUGAAGCCCAGUGACGAUGUCACCGUCACGACGGUGCCGCAUCAACGUAUGCACGAGUCAGAGGCGGGAGCGGGAAAGGCAGCCACCGAGAACACCUCUCUGUCGUCGGUCAACAACAAUCAGACCUACUUCGCCGACGAGAGGGUACAGGUGCCGGAAACAGGAACGGGCUUUAGCUUUAGAAAACUAUGGGCUUUCACGGGGCCUGGCUUCUUAAUGUCCAUAGCCUAUCUGGAUCCUGGCAACAUAGAAUCGGAUCUACAGUCCGGAGUGACGGCGAGAUACAAGUUAUUAUGGGUACUACUAAGCGCUACUAUCCUAGGUCUCGUUAUGCAAAGACUCAGCGCGCGCCUCGGCGUAGUGACCGGUCUACAUCUGGCGGAGAUGUGUUACAGACAAUACAAAAAAGUACCUAGAUUAAUUUUAUGGAUAAUGAUUGAAAUAGCGAUUAUUGGUAGCGAUAUGCAGGAGGUAAUAGGAACGGCUAUUGCCCUUUACCUCUUAUCUAAUAAAGCGAUUCCUAUAUGGGGCGGCGUACUUAUCACAGUAGUCGACACGUUCACAUUUUUAUUCCUGGAUAAAUACGGACUGAGGAAAUUGGAGUUUUUCUUCGGUCUUCUCAUCGCGAUCAUGGCUGUCACCUUCGGUUACGAGUACGUCGUUUCCGCGCCUUCUCAAAUCGACGUUGUAAGAGGUAUGUUUGUUCCGUGGUACAAUGGAAUGAAUUACGAUAACAAGGUGCUGCUCCAAGCUGUAGGAAUCGUCGGCGCGGUUAUUAUGCCGCACAAUUUGUACCUCCACAGUGCCUUGGUCAAAUCCAGAGACAUCGACCGAAGACAGCCUGCGAAGGUUAAAGAUGCCAACAUGUAUUACUUCAUUGAGGCUUGCAUUGCGCUAUUCAUUUCAUUUAUAAUCAACGUGUUUGUCGUGGCUGUAUUUGCUCAUGGCCUUUUUAACAAGACGAAUAACGAUGUUCAUAAAGUUUGCGAGGCGAAUAAUUAUACCCUCGGAAUAGAGACUUUUGAUACAAACAACGCGACAUUGGACGCGGAUCUUUAUAAGGGAGGAGUCUUCCUUGGUUGCACCUUCGGCGCGGCCGCAAUGUAUAUAUGGGCCGUCGGUAUCCUGGCCGCCGGUCAGUCGUCCACAAUGACGGGCACUUAUGCCGGCCAGUUCGCGAUGGAAGGAUUCUUGAAUCUGCAGUGGGCGCGAUGGAAGCGGGUCCUCUUCACUCGUACAAUCGCCAUAGUUCCCACGUUCCUGGUAGCCUUCUUCGCCGACAUGAACAAUUUGAGCAACAUGAACGACGUUUUGAACGCUAUCAUGAGCUUGCAACUGCCGUUCGCCACCCUGCCGACAAUCGCCUUCACGAGCAGCGCUCAAAUCAUGGGUGAAUUCCGAAACGGAAUAGUGAAUAAGAUCGUGUCGACUGCUUUGUCGAUCCUAGUAAUCGUUAUAAACGUAUAUUUCGUGAUACAAACUGCCCAGGAAGACUUGCCCCAUCAUUGGGCCAUAUACCUAAGCAUGGCUGUAUACGCGAUUCUGUAUCUUAUUUUCUGCGCUUAUUUGGCUAUUCACAUGGCUGUGAGCAUGGGUGCAACCUCCCUCGGUAACAAUUGGUUCGUUACCAAGUACAUUGGCACGCCCGUAAGUCCGACGCUCGGCAUAUCAAAUCCCGCCGUUUAUGCCAGAACAAAUCCAGCAUUUACUAUUCAAGAAAGUGGCAAUUUUACGUCUAUAGCAGAAUGGUAAUAACUCAACAAAUGUAUCAGCAUUGGAUAUGUGUACACGAUGUAUUACUACAAGGGGAACAGAAAAAGAGUCUGUUUUCAAUUGCAUAAUUGAAUAAGAGGUAAUAUUUAGUGCUUGAUGCAUUGCAUUGAUAUUUCAUCGUUAAAUUCGUUACAUCAUGAAUUUUUUUAAAUGUGCAAUUUUUUUCAUUAUAUGAAGGCAGAAUUCAAAUAUUAAUUCAAAUAAUUAAUUCGCAUCAAUGAUGAAAGACAACUGGCACAAAUCGACACGAUACUAAUGUGUACAAGUAUUUUAUACGUUAUAUCUUUUAAAAGUCAUUGACAUAUUUGUAAUAUCUAUAUUUGUUCAAAUUAUAUAUUCAAAAUUAUAUCAUAUUGAAAUAAAAUGUAAUUUUAUAAUCUAGUUUUUAAUCUUCACGCAUAAUUAUUCAGUCACACUACAUGAUAUGUGAAAUGAUGUAAAUACUAUUUCGUAUGAAUUAAUUUUUAUUAAUUUGCAUACAAAAUAAGUAAUAUCCGCAAUUUCUUUUGCAAAAAGCAGCAAAUGCAAUGACAGUUUUUUCGCCGAUUACAUAUCACACUACUGCUUGAAGUAUCACAAAAAUAUUCUUAAUGAAAUAUGCGCAUUACAUUUCUUAUUUAUAAGUACUCUAAAAUAAGUUGAGACACGCACUUAAUCGACAAAACUAAGUUGUAUGGUCGAUUUUAAAACAGGAACAUGUUUCACACAUUUUUCACUUAUAGCCCGCAGGUGUACAAUCGCAAAAUUCGCAAAAUCGGAAUUUCCAAUUAAACAUUACGCACAUAUAAAAAUUAGAAAAAGAUGUAUCUCUUUACAAAUAUACUGCGUUACAAUCAUUGCUACCACGCCUUGUACGAUCACUGAAAUGACCGAAUUUCUGUAAAUAAAAAUUUGUUUACGGGCA